UGUUUCGUUGAAUGCAAAAAUAAUGAAUUAGGAAAAUGUAGUCGAUGUAGGAAAAUGUUUUAUUGUGGAAAAGAAUGUCAACAAAAAGAUUGGAUUCGUCAUAAAUUUGAAUGUAAAUUUUUUCGAAAAAAAUAUGAGCCAUUAACACAUGCUUAUUUGCAAUUAGAAUGGAUUGAUGAAUUUUUUCGUUUGGUAUUACGAUUAUAUCUGUAUAUUACAGAAAAUCCCGAAUCUAUUUACGAACAAUAUAAACUUCUUAACGAUGAAUAUUCAAAAAAUUUUUUCAAAAUUUAUGAUUAUCGAAUGAAAGAAAUUGGUUCAGGUUUAUAUUUGGCCGAAUCAAAAUUUCAACAUUGUUGUCAACCAAAUACAAAAUUAUUAUACAAUGGUAUACAACUUGUAAUGCGUUCAAUUAAAUCGAUUCGAAAUGGUGAACAAAUUUUCAUCAAUAAUAUUAGAUAUUGUGAUAUAAAUGGACAAAUUUUUUGGAGCCCAUCGGACAAACAUUAUUAUUUUACAUAUAAAUGUGAAUUAUGUAUGAAUUUAGAACAAAUUGUUAAAAAAUUUAUGUCUCGAAAUUUCAACGAAUCAUAUAGACUUGUGAAAAAAUUUGUAAAAAAAUUGGAUAAAAUCUGUUAUGAAUGUAAUUUGGAUUUAAUUUUACAGAAAAUUUUUCAAUUACAACUUUAUGUAAUGAUCCAUCAAGAUGAUGAUGAUAAUGUUAAAGAAUUAUCUUUAGCCGAAUUAGCCAAACGAUUGGGAAUCAAAUUCCCUAAUGUUUACGAUAAAAUAUUUGAAAAUGUUUAUUUUAAUCAAGGUGAAACACCAAUGAUUUUUAUUUUGAAAGCAUUGGCUAAUAUUGAAUUUAAUGUUUAA